AUGGCGGCAACGUCACGCGUGGGCGGGCGGGAAGACCCGGAGCGGAGUCUUGAAGAGGGGGCGGGGCCUGGAGGUGACGUCAGGCGGAGCCGGCGCGAAGACCCGGACAGGGGGCAGGGCUUGGUGGUGACGUCACUCGGGGCAGGAGCGGAGCCUGCGGGUGGGGGCGGGGCCUGGCGGCGACGGCACACGGGGGCCUGCGCGAAGACCCGGAGCGGAGUCGGGGGCGGGGCCUGGGGCCCGGGGCCCCCGGGGCCCCCGGGGCCGAACCCCGCCCGGGGCCCGGGCCCCGUGGCGGAGAAGGGGCCCGUCGGGGGCAUCACCGCCCUGCAGCAGAUCCUGGCAUCGGGCACCGGAGCCAUCGUCACCUCCAUCUUCAUGACUCCCUUGGAUGUGGUGAAAGUCCGGCUUCAGUCCCAGCGCAGUGCCCCCACCCAAGAGCUGGCCUCUCCUCAGGGUCCCUGGACCCUCCGGUAUGGGAAAUGGAGGUGCUUCCUGUACUGCAACGGGAUCUUGGAGCUGCCCUAUGUGUGUCAGAACGGAGGCCGCUGUGCCUCUUGGUAUCCGAGCCCUACCCACUUCACCGGCACCAUGGAUGCCUUUGUAAAGAUCAUCCGCCAGGAGGGAGCCCGGACCCUGUGGAGUGGCCUCCCGCCUACACUGGUGAUGGCCGUCCCCGCCACGGCCAUUUACUUCACCACCUACGACCAGCUCCGCAGCUUCCUGAGCCACCACAGUGCCACGCCUGACCUCUUCGCCCCACUGGUGGCAGGAGCCGUGGCCCGGCUGGGCACCGUGACAGUGGUCAGCCCCCUGGAACUGGUUCGCACGAAGCUGCAGUCUCAGUCACUGACAUACCAGGAGCUGUGCGUGUCCAUCCGCGGGGCCGUGGCCCAGGGCGGCUGGCGUUCUCUGUGGCGGGGCUGGGGCCCCACCGUGCUGCGCGAUGUGCCCUUCUCAGCGCUGUACUGGUUUAACUACGAGCUGGUGAAGCGUCGUCUGGAAGAAUGGAUGCAAUCGGACCAGGCGUCGGUCAGCGUCAGCUUCCUGGCCGGAGCCCUCUCUGGGACGGUGGCAGCGGCCUUGACCCUGCCCUUUGAUGUGGUCAAGACACAUCGGCAGAUCGACCUGGGCAAAGUGGAGCCCCAGAGAGUAACGUCUCCCCGCUCCCCAUCCACUUGGCUGCUGCUGCGACAAAUUCGAGUGGAGUCGGGAACCCGGGGGCUUUUCGCAGGCUUCCUGCCACGGGUCAUUAAGGUGGCUCCCGCCUGCGCCAUCAUGAUCAGCACCUAUGAGUUUGGCAAGAGCUUCUUCCUGCAGGCCAACCAGGAGCGACACCGAGUGGGAUCCUGAGCGGAGCGGGGCGGGGGGGCGCCCGGCCAGGCUCCCCCUUCCCACCGCCUUUAGUCCCGCUGCCUGCUUCCCCCCGGGGGGAUGGGGGGGGCACUCCCUGAGCCAGUCAAGUGCCUUUUCCCCCCAUUCUGGGGCAGGGGGCUCGCUUUGAGCCCCUCUUCCCCCGAUUCCGUGCAGCACCCCCAGCUACAUGGGAAGAGACUACUACUCCCUGGAGACCAAACCACGCCCCCCCCACCCCCAAUUCCUCUUUCAGGGCACCCCACCCCUUCUCCAGCCCUGGUGAGAACUGGACCCCCACCCCCAACACACCUCAUCCUAGUAUGUCCAAAGAGAAUAAAACCUUUCU